GAAAAGUUGUGUAGGGUUAUAUUCUGCAAGUGCCACUGGCAAGUUAACCAUGCACCCUUGGCUGUGAUACCAGAAGAGGGAGCCAUCAGAGCUAGGCCUCAAAGACAGCCUCCAUUACUGGCGUUCUAUAAUGGUGUCUCUUAGAAAAGUUGUGAGGGGGACCUUGAAUGAGGGGCCAGAGCUCAGCUUUCGCAGGGCCUGGGCUAAGUAGAAAUGAGAGUCAAUAGAUUAGGAAGCUAUAGAAACCUUCGCUUCCCACACUGUCCUUAGCAAGCCUUAGUGACAAAUCUGCCACAUCCAAGCUCUCUCUUGUACGCCGCUUUUUAUUGAACAUGAGAGGAAUUACUAAGCCAUUCUUGACUGGCAUGACUCACAAUGCCAUAAUGCCGACUAGAAUUCUAACUUCAUAAGCAGUGUUAGAAAUGGAAAUAUGAAAGCUAAAUGGCACGUUAAACCAAGUUUGUAGUGUUCCGUAAGUGUCUGGUACUGCAGAAACUUUGGUGACUGUGUCAACAUGGCGGAAGGCAGUGGGCAAGAAAAGACACGGUGGACUGCAACCGUAAUUGUGAGUUCAUCUCUUCAGGGUCAUGAAAUUUCAAUGUCCCUACAAAAUCAGCAACACCGGGUUCGAUAUUCAGAUACAGUGGAAAAUGGAUCAAUAAUUUUCUCUCUUUCUGGAAUUGCAUUUUUGCUGGUCGAUGCUCAAGGCUUAUUUUUCACAGAGAGAGAGGUUUUAUUUGAAAGAAUAAAGAAGUUCAUGACCAUUCACAGGAAUGGAUUUUUGCUUUUGUCAGCUGCUCGUCAUGGACCAAAAGAAUGGGAUGGGAUGUUCAGAGUUCAGCAGAGGUUCCUAGGCACCAAUUUACGAAUAAUCCCAGUCCACAAUACCGCUGAAGCUAUUAAACUCAUGCUAACUAUAGCAAAAACUACUUCAAAACCGCAUCUGGACAACAUUCGCUACAGAAUGCUAAUGGCAAAGACACAGAUUGUAGAACAAAGCUGUGUUUGGAAAAUGCUUCAUCAAAGUCAACUGGCUUGUAGUUUUGUAAACACCACUUAAUAUUUUAUUCAAAAAAGUUUGGCCAUGUUUAUUUGCAAAAUAGUCUCAAUUUUGUGCUUUAAAAAAAUGUAUCCACAAAGCAAUAAGCAUGUCACUUUGGAAAGUGCAUUUCUGGAUGUUACAUUAAGAAUUAAAAUCAGUGUGGGAUUUCUUAGUUUAAUUUCCUGUAUAACCAUCCAAGACAUAUUACUGUUCACUUGAAAUUGAUAGCCAGAUGUAAAAUACUGAGGAAGAAUGGUCAUUAUUCAAGAGUAACACCUUUAAAAAAUGUACAUAACUUUGCAAAUAAAUGGCAUAGUUGUAGCCUACCCAAUUUAAUAUUUUAUUUUCUAAGAAUUAUUUAGAACUUGUUAUUCUUUUAUUUCAAUAAAGGAAAAUCCCUUACUAAACAAUUUGUAUAUUUAAGUCAAUGAACUCCCAUCUCCCAGACUUUUCAUUCUGAUCCGCUUGUACUUGCUCAGAUAUAUUUCCAGAAAUGACCAAGGAAAUUUGCAGUGAAGAAUUUACUCAUAGCUGAAAUGGUAGAUAGGAUAACUCACCUUUAUGUCAUCUUAAUGUAACAUCAUAAUGAUACGCUGGUGGACCUUGCAGCUAUGAGGUGAUUCAAUUUUCUCCAAGUAACUGCUUAAUCUGCCUACAUCUAACAGUGCUGCUAUAUAUCUCCGAAUCAGUUCUAUGAUAACUGAAAUGGGUUCUUAGUAGCUACACUGCAAGUUUAGAAUGUACUCUCUCUAAUGUCAAUACA